AUGGCUGGUGAUAAAAUGAAAGGAUCAGCGAAUGAAAAAAUUACUAAAGCUCCAAUCGAACUCAGUUCUUGGCCUGCUUUUAUUGAUGAGCGUAUUGCUUUGUUCGAUAAACUUAUGGCAAAAUACCAUGAAGAAAUUGCUUCAAAGAAAUCGGAGAAAAUUAAAAUCACUUUACCAGAUGGGAAAGAGUUAGAGGGAAAAUCAUGGUGUACGACUCCACUGAUGAUCGCAGAACAGAUUAGUCGUGCAUUUGCUGACAGUGCUAUUGUGGCGAAAGUUAAUGGAGAAGUGUGGGAUUUGGAUAGACCAUUCGAAUGUGAUGCAACUCUACAGAUUCUUAAGUUUGAUGAUGAUGAGGGUAAACAAGUUUUUUGGCACAGUUCAGCUCAUAUCAUGGGUGAAGCUAUGGAACGUUAUUGUGGUGGUCAUUUAUGCUAUGGUCCACCGAUUUCAGAAGGAUUUUAUUAUGAUAUGUGGAAGGAGGGAUCUGCAGUCACUCCAGAUGAUUUUCCGAAAUUGGAGCAGAUUAUUAAAUGUGUUGUUAAGGAUAAACAGCCUUUCGAACGAUUGGUUGUUUCAAAAGAAGAUUUACUGGAAAUGUUCAAAUACAAUAAAUUCAAGGUCCGCAUUAUAAACGAGAAAAUUACAACCCCUUCUACUACUGUAUAUCGUUGCGGGCCAUUGAUUGAUUUAUGUCGAGGACCACAUGUGCGUCAUACUGGCAAAGUAAAGGCUUUGGCUUUAACUAAAACGUCAAGUUCAUACUGGGAAGGACGAUCGGAUGCCGAAUCUUUAAUCCGCAUUUAUGGAAUGUCAUUUCCUGACUCGAAGCAACUCAAAGAGUGGCAAAAAUUGCAGGAGGAAGCGGCUAAACGAGAUCAUAGGAAAAUUGGACGUGACCAAGAAUUGUAUUUCUUCCAUUCACUGAGUCCUGGCUCAGCUUUCUGGUAUCCAAAAGGAGCUCAUAUUUACAACACCCUGUGCAAUUUCAUACGUAAGGAAUAUCGCAAACGUGGAUUUACUGAGGUUAUAACACCAAAUAUGUUCAAUAGCAAAUUGUGGGAGCAGUCAGGCCAUUGGGAACAUUAUUCGGAUAAUAUGUUCAAAAUUGAUAUUGAAAAGGAAACAUUUGGACUUAAGCCAAUGAACUGUCCAGGACAUUGUUUGAUGUAUUCUCACAUGCCGCGUACCCACAAUGAGUUGCCACUGCGAUACGCUGAUUUUGGCGUUUUACACCGCAAUGAGAUGAGCGGUGCACUAACCGGUCUAACUCGGGUGCGACGUUUUCAGCAGGAUGAUGCACAUAUUUUUUGUCGGCAAGAUCAGAUUGUUGAAGAAGUAGUGGGUUGCAUCGAUUUUCUCAAAUAUGCUUAUAUUGAUGUAUUUGGUUUUACAUUCAAACUAAACUUAAGUACCAGACCGGAGGUAGGAUAUCUGGGUGAUAUCGAAACAUGGAAUACUGCGGAAGAUAAAUUAAAAGAAGCACUGAAUGUAUCUAGACAUGAGUGGGAGCUGAAUCCUGGCGAUGGUGCUUUUUAUGGACCAAAGAUCGAUAUCGCAAUUAAGGAUGCACUUCAACGAUUCCAUCAGUGUGCAACAAUACAGCUUGAUUUUCAAUUACCUAUCCGAUUUGAUUUAUCUUAUUUCGAUGAAAACAAUGAAAGACAAAGACCAGUGAUGAUCCAUCGUGCGUUGUUGGGUUCAAUAGAACGAAUGACUGCUAUUUUAGCGGAGAACUACGGCGGCAAAUGGCCGUUUUGGUUAUCACCGCGACAAGCGAAGGUUAUAACAGUUCAUGAAUCUCAAAAUGCUUAUGGUAGAAUAGUGCACAGAAAAAUAUAUGAAGCAGGCUUUGAGGUUGAAUUUGAUGCUGACUCAUCGGACACAUUAAAUAAACAGAUUCGCAAUGCUCAGAUUGCGCAAUUUAAUUUUAUUCUAGUGGUCGGACCAACUGAAGCACGAAAUGGAACUGUAAACGUUCGUACGCGUGAUAAUGCAGUGAGGGGUGAAGUGAAAUUAGAAGAUCUUAUCGAAAAAUUCAAACGUUUCCAGGAGGAAUAUGUCCGUGAUACAGAAAGCGCAGAGGAGUUUUAA